AUGUCUACUUGGGACCAAACCAACCCGCCUUUCAUUCUUCGUGAUGAUGAGGUGCCUCCCGUCCUUCCGGAAGACCCUAUCCCCAUGCUGGCGGACUUGCAUCUUGCCCCUCUUCCCGCCCCAAACAAUGCUUUUGGUGAGGACCAUCCUCCUUCGGUGAACGAUGCCCAGAUCAACCAUUCUGCCUUGGCUAGCCACCUUGCUUCCAGCAACGAUAGUCUCACUCCCAUUCUGGUAGACUUGUACGGUGUCCCUCUGCCCGCCCAAGCCACCCAGAACCCCGAUUAUAUCGUUGCCUCUCUACCCACCCCGCCCACUCAGGCGGAUCGUUUGCCUUCAUACUACAAGGUAACCAUCCCAAACAUGCGCAAGCUCUCCAAGAAGUGGGAUCAGGAGUACUGGCUCUGUCGCGUUAUCGGCAUCCUCGACAAGAUUGGCAUCAAAGAUGUCAUCGACCAGCGCCUCGACCGCCCCGAGCAGUCCCACCCUCUGUACCAGGACUGGGUUAGAUGGUCCCAGAAGGUUGAGAGAUGGCUGUAUGGCACCGUCGGCCCUAAGAUCCUGCACAAUUUGCAGAAAAUCUCCCACUCUCUCGUCUUCGCCGAUGAGACAAUGUAUCACAUCCUCCGCCUCGAGCCCAAUGAAGAUGACCGCAUGACCGUGGAAGUCCUCGAUCUGUGGGAUAUCCACCGAGGUAACUACGACACUGCAUCGGAAUACAUUGAGGUCUGGGGCGCGCAAGUUCAACAUUGCCGUCGUCUGGGAAUUGGCAUGGCUAACUACAUGGCCGUCAAGAUCAUGAUCCGGGAGCUGGAGGACGAAUUCCCCGUGAUCACGGCCUUUGUCAAAGAUAAGAUCCGCCUGGAGGAUGAGAACGCUCACCAGAUGAGCGACGAGAACUUCGGUGUUAUUGUGGAGGGAUUGUUGGGCACUGCCCUGGGUGUCGAGAUCCCCUGCGUGACCAGCGCCGAGUGA